AACCAGUCGGUAGUGCCGGUGCCGCGAGAGUUGGGCCGAAACACACGGUUUGUGGUCACCAGCGAUGAUAUCGAGAGUCUGAAUGUGACGCUUAAGGCGCCCGACAAUAGGGUCUAUGGUUUGGGCGGCGAUCGAGCGGUGUAUCGGCCGCUGGAGAUGAGAGCGGCGUUCGCUAUACCGAUGGCCGACGAGGGCAAAUGGACAGUUGGCUACGAGCGCAGGCAACGGGACAACAAUUAUGAGACUGUCAUAGCAUACCUAUCCGUUACCAGUGAGUCCCGGGUUGACGAGCCCGUGAAGGUCAGGGCCUGGGUUGACACCCCAUUCACGGCCACCGGUAAGGGUGCGGACCAUAAGGUGACCACAACGGCAGUGAUUACGGCAGAAGUGACCAAACGGUACAACUAUGUCAUUUGCGCGGAUGUGUUGGCACUGGUAGACAGACCUACCGGCGAUCCAGUGGUCAUUCGGCUCCGGGAUAAUGGUUUGGGCGCCGAUAAAGUGGCUAACGAUGGCCUGUAUUCCGGGGUUUUUCGCCAGUUUAAUGGGAACGGGAGAUAUGGCGUGUCGGCACGUGUUGUAGAUAAUGGCAAACCUAUGAUUAAACUCGGGAUUGAAGAUCGCAAAGUUAAAUGUGGAGUAGGUGUUUCCUCCCUGUUCGUUGGCACGAACCAAGAGUUGUUGGCGCCCUGGCCACCGAAAAACAACUAUAUUAAGCAAAUAGUUGGUGACAACAUGGCCAUUAAACUAACGUGCAUGGCACUACUGGUCACUGCGAUCGUUAUCGUGGCGCUAAUGCCGACCAACCAAUCAGAGGUGAGCAAGGCACCAGGUAGCACCGUACAAGAGCAGCGCGACCAACGUGCCAGGGCAACCAUAAUAUACAUCACAGGGGGCUGGUACAAGCAAGUGCGACCUAUACUGUGUCGGGGCGGCUGUCAGGAGCCGGUGUGCGACUCACCCGGUUAUAAGGGUAGGGAUUUGGCUCUCGACAGGUAUUCACAACUGUCAGCCUCCACCUCGAUGUUUGUUUUCGAGCCCACAGAUGAUUCACUGGUAAUUUUUGAGAUCGUCGAACAGGAACCGGACGAGACAGUCGACGACUACGACCCAUACCGGGCCGACUGGACGGCCCCGAACUCACGGUACGGGUCACGCAAUUCACUAAACAAAGGCUAUCCCGAGGGGACACUCAAGUCAAACAAAUCACAGCCAAAGUCGUAUCACUUGGGCUACGAUAACGAUGACAACGCGCCCGACCAACACAAC